ACAAAUGGAAGCUCAAACUACGCUUUUCUUUUUCGUCCUGGUCUCCAUUUUCUGGUUUCACCAGGGCUGUCUCCGUGUGGGCCUUAUUACAAAUUGGCAAAGCAUUCCGUAUGUUGUCAGGGACCACGGCAGCAAUUCACGCAUGUCAUUCCCAGAUCAGUCAGAACGUAUUCGUACUGCGACAGUCAACCAGACCAAGGAAUCGCACGCUACCCUCAGAAUUCGUACCGAUUCACCUUUCAACACAUCUGGGCACUUACAUGGAGACCAUACGCUCGAUUAUUGGACGGAAAGUGAAAAAAACCCAAAGAUUGGGAACAAAACAUUUUUUGUUAUUUGGAACGUCCCUUCUUUAAAGUGCGUACAAUAUGGAAUAGACUUGAAUCUAUCACAUUAUAAUAUAACAUCAAACAGCAAUAUGGAAUGGAAUGGAAAUAUUAUAAAUAUAUUCUAUGAGGACGAACUUGGUUAUUAUCCAAAUAUAUUGCAAAACCGAUCAAGGGUCCAUGGCGGCUUACCGCAGCUUGUUGAUAUCGAGAAACACUUAAAAAAGUGCAUAGCUGACAUUAAAGUAUCUAUCCCAAGUCCAGAUUUCAGCGGGCUUGCUGUCAUAGAUUGGGAGUCGUGGGUUCCCACUUGGGAGAGAUUAUGGGAUACGAGAUUAAUCUAUAAGAAUGCAUCUUUAGAUCUGGUACGAAGCAGACAUCCCGACUGGAAUGAAACCACAGUAGAAUCAGAGGCGAAUAGAGAGUGGCAAUCUGCUGCAAAAAACAAAGCCAUUUUUAUACUUGGAAGGAGAUUAAUGUUAAGCACUCUGCAAGUGGCUCUUGCCGAGAGACCCAAGGCGCGUUGGGGUUUUUACCUGUACCCAGACUGUUACAAUUACAAUGGUCCACAGAUACACGACUGCACAGAUAUUGUGAAAGAAAGAAAUAACGAGCUUGAAUGGCUUUUCAAGGAAAGCACAGUCUUACUCCCAUCAGCUUAUCUUGACUCAAAAUACGAUAUUAAAUGGAAGACGGCAUUUGUACGCCACAAGAAACAAGAGGCACUACGCAUACGACAGUACGUCGGCUUAAGUCCAAGGGCCAUGCCGGUAUUUCUGUACAGUAGAUUCAGGCACCCUGACACACUCACGUGGUACUCUUUGAUAGAAUUGAAUGCCACUAUUGCUCAGUCGAAAUCGCUAGGCACAGAUGGGAUCGUGCUGUGGGACGACCAUCUGGUAACGGACACCCGGGAACAUUGCUCAUUACUCCAGCGCUAUGUGACCACCACACUGGGGCCUUUGGUUCAGAAGAUAGUGAACAACAGCUAAGGCAUCAUAACUAUAAUCUAUAUAAUAUCUAUACGAAAUUAACGAUUAACUCUUAGCCACCCUAUGCGCAGAAAUGGAACAGGGGGAGGAUAUUCGCAAAAUAGAGGCCUUUAUAACGAAAGAAUAAGGGGGAAAGCAUUAAAUUCUCUGAGCGUAUAUAUGUACUAGACGAUACAAUUGUCUUCAAUGCAAUUUGCACAAUAGAGAAAUUUAAUGUAGACUAUCCAUAUUCUUUGUAAGACCAAAACUAGUCCGGACGCUACUUUCAUGAACGGAACACAAGGAAAAUUAGGACAACUGACAUACUUAAGACAAUUUGAAUUUUUGUAAUUAGCUCAUGAAGACUAAAACGGAAUAAAAACUCAGGUCAAAUAUAUUCAGAACGAUAUAUACACAAAAUUUGUGUUAUGAAAAUUAAUAGAUGACUUACUUCAAUGACGUGAAUUCCCAAAAGAAAUGUAUCGUAUGCAGGGACGUGUAGUAGUUAGAUGUACUACAGUAGUACAUGAUGAUACUUUUCAUAUUCACUGUAAAUGAAAUUCACACAAGUUGAUGAAGACAAAUGCUAUGUUGUGAACAAGCAUAUAGCUGCCACUGAAG